CAAAAAGCAUAACCUUUAGCAUGUGUGUUUGUUUGUGAGGCUUGUAGCCUUCACAGGGGAUCAAGGCACGUCUGAAAGACAUGGUGACUGUUACCAUUCAGCAUGUUCACAACGACUACUCCAUUUAUGAGAACGUGUGCAUCAGCCCGGAAAAGCUUUGCCAUGUGAUCGAGAUCUAUGACUUCCCUGCUGUUUUCAAAACGGAUGACCUCCUGGAUGCUUUUGCAGAAUACAGUGAUGGUGGGAUAAAGAUCGAGUGGGUGGACGACACACACGCCCUGGGGGUCUUCUCCAGUGACACAGCAGCACUCCAUGCUCUCUCCAUCUGCCAUCCGAUGCUGAAGACGAGAGCACUAACUGAAGCGAGUAAGAAAUCCAAAGGCAAGGCCACCAGGCGGGCAGGUAUGUGAUCCACAAACCAGGGGU